UCAUUAAUGACAUUGACAUCUAACAUCAACAUUUUUAUUGUGUGAUAAAAAAUCACUAUUUUAUUGAUUUAAAACUGUAUAUGCUAUCAAUUAUUGUGAGGCUAUAUAAAUACCUUAUUAAUAUCACAGUUAGGAUACAACCGAUACAAUGUCCACCCCACCUCGAGAGACCAUACAAAAACAAAUUCAGCAAGACUGGGCGAACAGGGAAUAUAUCGAAGUUAUCACAGGAAGUAUUAAAAAGAUUACAGAUUUCCUUAAUUCCUUCGACAUGUCUUGUCGGUCACGGCUUGCGACGUUAAAUGAAAAAUUGACUUCACUAGAAAGAAAAAUAGACUACUUGGAAGCUUGUGUAACUAAAGGAGAAACUUUAACUUAAAUGAGUUAUAUCAAAAAUGGAAAUUAGCAUUUAAUUAUUGUUUAACAUAUAAGUACUGAAUGAUUACAAUAAGAUAUAUUACUUAUAACUAAAUGUCAUAAAUUGAUUUUUUAAUUAACAUUUAUGCCAAUAUUUCCAAUAAUGUUUAGAAUUUUAAAAGGGUUAAUUAUGAUAUAGUUUGUUUAAACCAGGGAUUCCCCUAGUGGCUGAUGUCAACCCCAAGGGGUCGAUAUUGAUUUUCUAGGGGUUGAAAUAAACGAAAACUGAUUUUGGGGGUUGACAAGGUCUAAAAAUUGACCCAUAUUAAUAACAGUCUGCUAACUUAAAGCAUUGCUAAUUCUCGCUCUGUCUUCUUCUAUUCACUUAAGUCAGAAUGUUAAAUAACACUGUAGCAGCUGUUUUAAGUUAGCGGACCAUUAUGAAUAAGAGGGUUGAUCUUAAAAGUAGGUAAUUUGGCCUUGGAGGUCUGAGGUAACAGUUCAUUUUCGAAAAGGGGUCACUCAUCCAAAAUAGUUUGGGGAUCCAAGGUUUAAACAAUCACAAUCAAUGCUACAGCAAUUUAAAUGUUAACUUGAUUAAGUUGAAUUACUGGCACUGAAUGUGUUAAUUAUCUGAUUGUAUUCAUUUCUUGAUAUACUGUUAAUUUAAUAAUAAUUUGUAAAUAUUUACUUUAUUCCAAUAGUAAUAUUUUAGAAUUUAAAUGUUUCAAUAAAUUUCAAUGAAAAGUAAUUGAUACCUUUAUGUUAUCCUUAACUAAUAUAGAAAACAGCUAAAACCCUCACAUACAUUUGUCUGGUAUCCAUACUGACUAGUUUCGAUCCUAUUGAAAGCUCUUCAUCAGGGUGAGUGGGACUGGUAUUAUUUCGCGGAUGCGGCCCGUCGCUCACUGUUAUGUUAUCCAUUUAGCUUAUGAACUGACUAUGGCUGGUUUAAGAGACAAGGUGACUGUUAGAGAUGACAGCCAAAAUAUACAUAGCUAAAAGCAUGGAUGCUUCUAA